AUGUGUUGGUCAGUUCCGGAGGCAAUAGCAAAGCUGCAGCGAAUCUGUACACGGCUCUGGUCGGAAAAGGAAUAUCAACAAGCCGAGAUGAUGGUUUAUGGAUUGGGGCUCAAGUCAAUACCACAACUCUGCGCAUCAAUUGAAGAAUCCAAAAUUGUGGUUGUCGUCCUUUCAACCAAUUAUUUCAGCUCAAGGUGGUGCUUGGACCAGCUUGUCAAGGCCUUUGAGUGCAACAAACUAAUAGUCCCGGUUUUCGAUGGCAUCGACUCGAUUGCUCUCCGGUCUGAAAACGGACCCGUUGCGGAUACUUUUUCUAACCAUCAACUUAUCUUUUCCGAGAACCCAGAAAAGGUGCGAAUUUGGAGACGAGCUAUUGAUGAAGUAGCCAACUUGGGUGGUUGGCAUUUACACAGCGAUGAAUCCCAAAUCAUUGAAGAUAUUGUACAAAGCGUGUGCAUUAAAUUAAAGCCUGGCGAACCUGAACCUCUGCGAGGAUUAUUUCUGUACUGCUGCCUUCUCUUCCCAGAGGGUUAUGAGUUCAGGAGACACGAGGUGGUUCAAUUGUGGAUAGCUCAAGGUUUCGAUAUGGGAGAGAGCCCCGGAGAGACCAUGGAAGAUGCUGGCAUCAAACAUUUUAACUUCAUGGAGAGCCUAGGCUUGUUUGAGCGCUUCCCCAGAAAACCUAUACCGGAAUUUGAUGAUGUGAUCACUGAAGUCUAUUAUUGCACUCCCACCUUCUACUACAAAGUUAAUCUCUCUAAGCUUUCACUUCUGGAAGACAAAAGCUCCGGUGCUAAAUAUUUUAGAGUCGUGGAUGGCAAGUUUGAUCAAGCCUCAGAAUCAACUACUCAACAUAUGUGUUUGAUGUAUAAGGAUGUUGAUGACAUGGCUUUUGGUGUUAUUCAGAAAUUUAAGAAUCUGCGCACAUUACUCGUUCUCCCUGGUUAUGGAUCUUCCGUCAAACGUAUUCCUGCUGAUUUGUUUCGCAGCUUAAAUUUUCUGACAACGUUGAAUUUGAGUGGAACUCUCAUUUUUACAUUGCCUGGUUCUAUCGGAGAUGUCCAGAGUUUACGAUAUAUUGAUCUCUCACGUACACCGAUCUUCAUGUUGCCUGAAUCUAUAUGUUCUCUUGACAAGUUACAAACUUUGAAACUCCGAGGUUGUCGUGACUUGCUUGAUUUACCUAAAAGCAUGCACAAGCUAGCUGCUCUGCGACAUCUUGAUUUCAAUAUUCAGCAGUUGCAUUGCAUGCCUCCUCACUUUGGAAGACUGCAUUUUAUUCAAACCUUGUCAGCAUUCAUUGUUGGUACUCUGGAUGGGCACCGAAUCCAAGAACUGAAGAACUUAAAUGAUCUUACAGGAGCACUUUGCAUUUUUCAACUCGAAAAUGUGUUGAUGACGACAGAUGCUAAGGAAGCAAAUCUGGCUAGCAAGAAACGCCUGCAGAGGUUGGAUCUCCUUUGGAAUUCUCUAUUGCUUGAGAACACAAAGCUGCAAGAAGACAUUAUUGAGUCUCUUCUACCCCCUUUUGACCUUAAAGAAUUAAACAUAACAUCUUACGGUGGGACAAAACUUCCAUCUUGGUUGAGUCAUCCGUCAUUUACUGACCUUAUAGUGAUUACCCUCGACAAUUGUGCGUACUGUGAACAUCUUCCCUCUAUUGGUCAGUUACCAGCGCUGAAGUUACUUUCUAUUGUAAAUAUGGAUGCGCUCAAAGAGAUCGAUCACAUAUUUUUAAGUACUGCCACUGAGCCGGUUCAUCAAGUAUUCCAAGCGUUUCCAAAACUGGAAAUACUAGAGUUUGAGAACAUGGCUAAUUUGAUAGAGUGGAAGAAAGUCAAAAGAGGUGAUUUCCCAUCACUACUUCAACUCAGAGUAAAGCAUUGUCCAGAACUUGUCAUUCUUCCGUCAUUUUCACACCUUAAAUCCUUGAAGUGUGUGCAACUUUAUCAAUGCCCAAAGCUUGUGCCACCAGAACUACCAAUAACACUGAAGUCCAUAGAUGGCUGCAAGGAGGGAGAUAAAGAAUUUUGGCUGUAAAAAUAAGUUAUUUGCUAGUAAUCUGGUUUUCUGCAGUAAGAUGUAUUUUCUGAGUCUCCUUUGGGAACUGUUGCAAGAGUUGGAAUACAGUGAAACGCUUAGCUGCUGCUCUUUUAACGGUGCAUGAUUGCAAACUUACAUUGGUCAUAGCUUUAGUAACAUGCCAAUUGCCAAGUGGAAACUCUGGUGUUCAAUGAUUUAUGCAUUAUCAAUGUUGUUUGAUGGUUGCAUUAUACAUACAAUGAAUCCAUCAAUUGUACUUCCUCCAGACUUGUACAAGUCAUAUCGAUCUACUUUGUGAACAAAAAUUGGUUUUUUAGAUUGAA